AUGCGGCCUCAGAUUUGUCCUCGGAAGGCAGCUGCCUUACAGGCUCGUGGAAUCGUCUCAGCCACCGGGGAACUCCUCGUGGACCCUUCUGAGAUCCCAGAGGCCACCAUGGCCAAGCUCAAGGCUAGAGGUAUCGACCUCAAUAACAUCAAAGCGAGCAUGGCCCCUCCGAUGAGGGCAGCCCAGACCGCCCCCCGGUACGGAUCAGUGUCGUCUGCAGCUAAACUAAUAUGGAAAGAGGAGGGCUUCAGAGGAUUCUUCAGAGGCAUGGUACCGAGAUUCUGCCUCGCCAUACCGGCUACUGCGACCUGUUGGGGAACCUACGAGACCGUCAAGGCUCUAUUAGCCCGACUGUGA